AUGUUUGCGAACCGUUUAUGGCAGGUGCAGCGUUGUCUUCAUGGCUCCUCUGACAGCCUUCGCCGGAUUGCCUUCCCGGCAGCCUUGGUGAGCCUCGGGGGAGUGCUGGUCUUGUACAAGCACUGGCAGGAUCCGAAGGGCGAUCCGACCAAGACCUUCCUGGCCUUGAUCGUCGUCCAGAUGCUACCGCUGGUCUUCCUGGAAAAGCAGAUCUUGUCCUGCCCCGACCCCGUGAGCAUGCUCUCCCGCUUCGGCAGCAAGGCAGAGCCAGCAGGGUGGAGCCCGGCUCUCGCCAUGGCUCGAGUGCCCUUUAUCGUGGGGACUUGGAAGGGUAAGGGCAAGGUCCUUCCACGAGGAGUGGAGUAUUUGGAAUCUUCGACCUUUCUCCUUUUGAAGACGGAGCCGGCGACGGUGAUCAACUGGCAGCAGUUCACCAAGAACGCCGAGACACAGAAGCCCAUGCAUGCCGAGAACGGGUUCCUCAAGAUUCUGCCAAUGCCCGAAGAGGGCGACGUGAAGAAGGCUGAGUUGAUGUUGAGCCAUCCCUUCAGCGUGAACGAGUAUUACAAAACUGCACACUUCGACUUUGCGCAGAACAUCUUCGAAUGUCUAGCAGACACGGAGGAUUGCUUUCAGCGGGGCCCAUCUGCAGGUGGGAAGUCCGCCAGUGGAUCGCGGCGAGUCUACAAGCUUGAGGAUGACCGCCUGAUCUACGACAUGUACUUGCGCACUGAUGGCAGUGAUGAGUUUGUUCUGCUGAUGCACUUUUGCUUCCUAGCCUUGCGCGUUUGCACGUGGCCCUUGCUUGAGGUUGGCAUCGGCGUGUGCAAUCUGAUUGGCUUGGUGGGAGUUCUUGCAGCUUUGUUUGUAGGCUUCGACUUUCGACUUUCAGCUCUCAUGCAGCAGAAGGAUUUGUUGGGCUUGGUGCUCCUGGGCAUUGGCUCUGCUUUCCUCACCGAGGUCGUGGACUACUAUAACCGCCAGACCCUGCUGGAGAGCACGAUCUUUACCACUGCAAACUACAUUGAGAUCCUUGCAUUUGUUCCGGCGGUGUGGAUGGUCCACACGACGGUGAAGAAGGGUGAGGAUUGGAGCAGCAUUACCGCCUGUCGAGAAUCGCAGGCUUUGGCCUUCUUUGCCUUUUUGGUUUGUUUCUACGUCAUGGAGGACCUGAUCUCAGCCUACCGAUUGGGCUGGAGCGAACCGCUGGGAGCUGCAGGGCACAUCGUUCACUUCUUGUUGCUCUUGGACUUUGCCUGUUUCCUAUUGGCGCACAUCUACAACCCUGAGAAGCUCUCUGGAAGCCUCUUGAGGUGGUGGGGCCCCAAGCAAAACUGGGUUUGA